AUGUAUGACUAGUAUGCCCAUUAACAAAUGCCCUUUUAUAGCCAACAAUUACGUUCAUUCAUCCAGCACAUUGCUUGCAUACCAGUAUACAUCUCUACCACUAUAUACAAAUUAUAUAUAGUCAUAGAUAUAUAUAUAUAUAUAUAUAUAUAUAUAUAUAUAAUUAAUUAAUAGUAAUAUAUACUACUAGUAGGCGGAGGAGGAGGUGGAAGAAGGUGGUCUCAAAGCGGCUAGCCAUGGAACCAAAAAUUCACCACCAAACCUCCGUCGAAGGCGUACAACUGCAAGUCAUUACUGUGGACAUAGCAAGCCCUAAAGGUGAGGCUGAAGGCUCACACCAUCACCACACACAGACACAGCCCAUCCCACAGGACGCUUGGCUUCCCAUCACAUCGUCCCGAAAAGGCAACACCUGUAACUCCGCAUUCCAUCUUCUCUCUUCAGGGAUUGGAAUUCAUGCUCUUGCACUUCCAAUUGCGUUCACUGCCCUUGGAUGGUUUUGGGGUAUUCUAUUAUUGUCUCUGGCAUUUCUAUGGCAGCUUUAUACUACUUGGCUUCUUGUGAAUCUUCAUGAAUCAGAUACUGGAAUUCGUUACAGCAGAUUCCUCCACCUAUCAAUAACAGCCUUUGGUUUAAAAUUGGGCAAGUUGCUAGCUAUAUUUCCAGUCAUGUAUCUAUCGGGAGGUACAUGUGUCAUCCUGAUUAUCAUCGGGGGAGGGACCAUGGAGAGUUUCUAUCAAAUAGUGUGUGGGGAUGAGCUCACUUGCAAUUCCAAGACAUUGAGCGGAGCAGAGUGGUUCCUGGUUUUUGUAUGCUUGGCCAUUGCUGUGGCUAUGUUUUUUCCCAACUUGAAUUCGCUAGCUGGGAUUUCAGUGAUUGGUGCAGUAACAGCUAUAGUUUAUUGCACACUGAUGUGGGUUAUGCCAAUUGUAAAUGGUAGGCCUGAUGGCAUAUCUUAUGAUCCAUCUAAGACAGCCACAACUGACAUGGGUAGGAUUCGAGGUGUACUGAAUGCCAUAGGGAUCAUUGCUCUUUCUUUCAGAGGUCACAAUCUUGUGCUUGAAAUACAGGGAACACUGCCUUCAAGUCCAAAACAUUCAUCAGUUAAGCCAAUGUGGAGAGGCGUGAAAAUGUCAUAUCUGCUGAUUUCCUUGUGUAUGUUUCCCCUUGCAAUAGGUGGAUACUGGGCUUAUGGUAACGGGAUAGCUGCAAAUGGAGGGAAGUUGGGCCAGAAAGCUGUGAAUGCAGGGAUAUUAAGCGCGUACUUGAAAUUCCAUAAACACAACACGUCAAAGUUUGUGAUGGGCUUAAUACAUGUAAUAGUAUUCAUUAAUUGUGUAAGUUUGUACCAAAUCUAUGCAAUGCCAGUCUUCGACAACUUGCAGCGCAUAUACGUCACCAAGAAAAACAAGCCGUGUCCAAAAUGGCUCCGCUCAGGGUUCAAAGUCUUCUUUGGGGGAGUGACAUUCUUCAUCUCCGUGACUUUCCCAUUCUUGUCAAGCCUGACACCUAUCAUUGGAGGGAUCGCACUGCCUUUAACCUUUGUUUACCCAUGUUUCAUGUGGAUGGCGAUCAACAAACCCCGUCCACAUGGUGCAAUGUGGUGCCUAAACUUAGGGCUUGGUUGUUUAGGCGUGACGUUAAGUGUCUUGAUAGUUGCUGGAGGUGUGUGGAAUGUGGUGAACAGAGGUUUAGAUGCCAAUUUCUUCAACCCUUACUAAGUAAGGGCAUAUAUCAUAGAGAACAAUGUAUGAAAGUUGUUGAAUAGUACUAACUCAUUUUUCCCCAUUAUCA